GUGCGGAAAGAAAAUGAUCCGCAAGUUUGCGAAAUAUUGGCGCGAUUCGGCAUCUCUUCUCGUAGUAGCUAGGGACCGUCCGACCGUACACCGAGAAACGUACAAUUACAAGGUGCUCGUGUUCAAACGCACCGCCAAGACGUCCUUUAUGCCCAACAGUGUAGUUUUUCCCGGCGGUGGUUUUGACAAACAGGACUCGUCUCUAGAUUGGGAAGCGUUCUUUCACGAUAGAUCCGUAUCUAGCGGCGCAUUAAAGAAGCUUACUGAGGUGGACGGUUCGAGACCACCCAUAUUUCACACGGAGCGCACGGGUUUGCUUGAUCGUAACCUAUCGCUACGGCUGUGUGCAUUACGUGAAGCAUUCGAAGAGCUCGGUGUACUGCUUGUAAUGGAUGAGCAGAAGCAGAAACGAGCUUCUUAUUAUAGCAACUAUCUGCCCUCGUUUGAUGUUAGUAGGUGGCAACAACGAAUACACGACGGAGAAACCUCCUUCCAGGAGCUACAUACCACGCUCGGCACUGUACCUGAUUUGUUCAAUCUAUACGAAUGGUCAUGCUGGUUAACUCCGGCUAUGUUUCGUAAAAGGCGCUUCGAAACCGCAUUCUAUCUUGCAGUACUGAAUGAAGUACCGAACAUACAUCCGGAACCGCACGAAGUACAGGAAUAUUAUUGGGAUACACCUGCCUCAUUGUUGGAAGCACAUCGAGAGGAAAAAAUAUGGCUGGCACCACCACAAACAUACGAACUAACCAGACUAAGCUACAUAUACGAUAUUGACCAGUUGGCACGUUUUGCCGCCCUACGCAACCGGAAAGGUUCCACUUUGCUCUGUCCGGUUCAAUAUAAUGCUGCAGAUGGCGUGAUAUUCGUGUUGCCUGGGGACGAUUUGUAUCCAGCCGGAUACGACUACAUCUCCGAUAAUCCCGACCUAAACAUGUACGGUGAGCUGCCACAGGAGGUGAUACGAAAACAGUCGAAAAAACUUCACCGUGUGGAGCACAAGGAUUUGCAUCAUCAAGCAUUCUUUCUAAAUCACCAACCGCUAGACGGUCACUUACACAUACAGGGACAAAAUGAUUUUGCAAAUAAUUAA